CGCGUGCGCACGCGGCAAAUACAACGCCGAAUCGCCUCCUAUACGAUCCGACAAAGUCGCGCGAUUUUUUUACCAUCAUUAUUAUUAUUAUCGUUUUUUUUUUUUUUAUCGAUAGCGAUCGACCGCGUUCAAUAUUAUCACGUUAUAUUUUAUUCCGGUACGCCGCACCAUAUAUUUUCGCGAUAUCAGCGAGGGGUGUUUUUCGUUCGCGCGAUACCGUUUCGUUUCGAAUACCGUUCGGCGGCCGCGACUCCCGGAGCCGCAAUAACGGACGAACCGCCGCGUAUGAGUUGCACGGUCUCCCGUGGUAAAUAACAAUAACGUCCGCAAGCUGCUAUUAUUACCAAUCAUUUACAAUAAAUAUCAUUGGCGCGGGCGACGGCGAACCAUUAUAAUAUUAUACACACACUAAACCGGUUGUUGACCUCUGGCGAGGGCGCGCGGCCGAGCGCGAGAGCGGCGGCGGCGGUAGCGGUGGCGGCGGCGGUAGCACCGUCGACGGCAGACGCGCCGCCGACCGGGUCACAUCUCCUCGGACCGCCUCCGCCGCCUCCGCCGCUGCCACCGCCGCAGAUGUCGUUGGACUCCGUCGCCACCGCCGGGACAGCCACCGACGACGUCCGCCACUACCGGCACCACCACCGUCACCAUCAUCACCAUCACCUGCACCACCACGGCAAACGUCACAAGCGGCCGCCACCGCCGCCGUCGUUGCGAAGACCGCCGCCCGAGACUUUGGACUCGGCGGCGGUGGCCACGCGCGACACACCGGACGCCGUCGCCGCAUACCAUCAUCCGGUCAAGUACACUGGAUCCGUAGCGGUCAACUGUCACGAUCAGAUGGCACGAGUCGAAUUCGUCAGAAACCUAAUGGCCAAACACAGAAAGGUGCAGAUUGAAAAAGAAGUCUCGCUAUUAAUUACUGUGUCCGGUAUCAAAGUAUGCAGUCCAGAUGGCAAGGAAGUGUUAAUGGCUCACGGACUCAGGAGAGUUUCGUACGCUACGUGUGAUCCUGGAUGUAAACAGUUUUGUUUCCUGGCAAGACAACCUGGUGGUCAUAUCAACAAACAGUACUGUCAUUUGUUCGUUACAAAGACGGCCGAACAGGCUGAGGGAUUAAAUUCUAUUGUGGGAAAUGCGUUUAGAAUGGCGUAUGCUGCCCAACUGGAGCUGGAAAGACGAUCGGUGACGAACUCGCCAAAAACUAAUUUGAAUAAUACAUCUUGGAUGAAAUUAAACGAUAAAUUAAAUGUACAACGAAUCCAAAGUGGCUCUCCUUUGUCGAAGAAGCUCAUUGAAACUCCUAAACCAACUCCACCUACCACCCUACCAGGUGUACGUCCAUUUGACCAUAGCAAAGGCUUAGAUCUCACGCCAGGACAAUUUUCUACACCAACUAGUAGUGACGACAGUCCUGAUUUAAAUACAUACAAGCGUAUGUUGGAAAAACCCCCAUUAAUAAAACGUUUAGCCAUGGGUCUAUCCGUACACAACAACUGUUCUAACGAAGACUGGUAUCCACUAGUUUGUAGCUCAUCUGUAUCAAGCUCGCCGUCUACUAAUAGUGACGAUUGCAGUACACCUGAAUCUUCUCAGGAAAAAUUAAAAGAUAAUAGAUUAACUCAAUGCAGUGCACGAUCACCGGACUCACCUUCAAAUAUCAAACUUAAAAAUAAUUUGAUUUCAAACGUUAUGGACAAAACUCCAACUCCUCCACCUUUGCCAGAACGAUCAGAUAGUCUUCUAGACAAACCAGAAGAAUGUGAAUUAAAAAAAGCCCCUUGGUUUCAAGCGGGAAUUCCAAGAGAAAUAACAUUAGAAGUUUUGGGACAAGAACCAGUAGGAGCUUUUAUGGUUCGUGAAAGUACCACUAAACCAGGAUGUUUUGCACUGUCGUUAAGAGUACCUCAAGAAUUUCAUCCUCUAGGAAUCGCGCAUUAUCUAAUACUCAGAACGAACAAAGGGUUUAAAAUUAAGGGUUUUACGAAAGAAUUCACAACGCUAACCGCGUUAAUAACACACCAUUCAGUAAUGCCAGAACUACUACCUUGUCCAUUGUCAUUGAGCCGGUACAAUCCAACAUUUGUAAAAUCUGAUUCCAAUCAGGAUUUUGCAGAUAUUGAUGCGGAUCCAGAUUACAAUACGCUUGCAGACUUUAGAAAAAUGAUGGCUGAUUUAAAUGUAUAAACUUUUAAAAAUCCAAUAAGCCAAAGCAAUAUUAUGUUAAUUUAAAAAGAUUUUUAUUCUUAAAUUUAAAUAUAAUUUUUAAUAGUAAUAAUAAUAUGAGUUUUAAGUAAAAACAAGUUAAAAUUAAAUACAAUACAUAUGAUAUACAAACUAUCAAUUAUAUAUUACAUAACUAUCGCCUAUGAAUAAUAAUAACUUUAGUUAUUUUAGUCACAUUUGACAAAUGAAUACCUAUGUUUUAAUUUGUACUCAUUAUUACAAUAUUCUUUUUUAAUCAUUUUACAACUCGUAAACAUAAAGUGUAAUUUGUUUGAAUUUGGACUAAAAAUUCAAUCAAUUUCAAAUGUGUGUUAUUUAAAUGUAAAAAUCAUUUUAACCCAGUUAAUUUUAUAAAAUAUUUUAUAAUAUUUGUAACCAUGUAUAAAUUAUUGUAAUAUCAUUUUACCAAUUUAUCAUUUUUUUGAAAAUUAUCAAAACAUAAUUUGUUAACUACAAAAAAAUAAUGUCAAAUUAUGGACAAAUUGAAAUGUGUAAUUUUUGUAAAGAAAAAAAUAUUAUUUUCAUUCCUAGUCUCGUGUGAUAGAUAUAAAAAUAAAUGUAUAUAUUAUAAUAAAUAUUUAUUCACAAACUAA